UGUUCGUUAAAAAAUUAUAUGCAAUUUAUAUAUAGUAAAGUAUUUACACUAAAUUUACAGUAGUAUGAGAUAUUGGUACCUGGUUAUUGGAACCCGGGAAUGAGGGAUGAAAAUCAAGGGCUAGAGCAGCGGGAAUCAGUGGCAGGAACUGGGAGAAAGAUGACUAAAAAUAUGAUUAAUUUAUACUUGACAAAUAAAAUGAAAUAACAGGGGAACGGAAUUCUGGAGAUUGAAUGUUUGGGAACGGAAGUUGGAAUUCAGAGGAUUGGAAUCAAUGACUCCCCUUGUCUACCACUCUUGCCAAAAAUGUCGGGAAGCUGCAGACAUGAAGUAUUUUUAUUAGAAAUGUUAAUAACAUACACCAUUUCUAGUCAGCUACAAGCUCAAUGGUUAUAUUUAGAACACAAGAGGCUUCAUGAAAUUUCUUGAACUCUCUUGACUUGAAAUAAUAAUGAAAUCACUAAAGUCAAUAUGCAACAAAAUACCUACGACGGUGUAGUUCGAAUUUCAACUUGUUAUACAAAAAUAUUUUGCAGAUUACAGUUGUUGCGUCGAGAUAUUGAAAGAGCCAGUGGUGGACUGAUAACCAAUGAAGAAUGUGCCGAAUUCAUUCCAUUACUGGAUGACAUGGAAAAAGAAGUUUCAGCUAGGUUUGCAGCUUGUAGAUCUGAAAAAGAUCAAUACCGCAGUGAACGGGUUGCAGUUGACGGUAAUGGACAUUCUAAAUUCAGCAUUUCAAAAGAACAACUGGAAUACCUAGUCAAAUAUGGGUUUACAGCACCAAUGAUGAGUAAUGUUCUUGGUAUAUCAGAGUCAACUGUCCGUCGAAGACUGAGAGAAUUUGGUUUAAGCCUGAGAAAGACAACACAUAUCACCGACAUGGAGUUAGAUCAAUCAAUCACUGAAGUGAUUGGUACAAAUCGCCAUAUUGGACCGAAUUCAGUCAGAGUUCGACUUGCACAAAAGAAAAUAUUUGUUUCCAGAGAGAGAGUGAGGACAGCAUGUGCACGUGUAGAUCCAGAUGGAUGUUCCUUACGAUCGUUAGAGAGAAAAAAUAUAAAACGUCGUACUUACAAGGUUGCUGGACCAAAUUCCCUGUGGCAUCUGGAUGGAAACCACAAGUUGAUAAGGUGGGAAAUUGUUAUCCAUGGUGGUAUUGAUGGUUACAGUAGAAUGGUAACAUUCUUAAAAGCAAGCAAUAACAACAGAUCAAUAACAGUUUUUAAUGAAUUUAUCAAGGCAACCACAAAAUACGGCAUUCCAUCAAGGGUACGGGUAGACAAGGGCAUUGAAAACAAUGAUGUAUGCAAAUUCAUGGAAGAUCUAAGAGGCAACGGAAGGGGCAGUGCUAUAAGGGGCAAAAGCUCCCACAAUCAGAGAAUAGAACGUUUGUGGGUCGACGUAUGGGAGAAUGUUAGUAAUGAGUACUACGACCUGUUUACAUACAUGGAGCACAACAAUAUACUAGAUAUAACUGAAGAAGUACACAUGCUUUGCUUUCUCUUUGUUUUUAUUCCACGAUUAAAUGAAAGCCUAGUUAUGUUUAACUAUCAGUACAAUAAUCACCCACUAUCAACUGAGAGUCACAAAACACCAAGUCAGCUAUUCAUAACAGGUGUUCUGACGAAGUUCAAUUCAGGAAAUAAACCAAUAAAAGAAGUUGUCGAAAAUGCUGGAAAUCAUGACGAAUUUCAGAACUCUUUACCUCCAGAAGACUAUGGAGUUGGCGAUUCGGAUGAUGGGGAUGUCGCCAUUAAUAGUGAAGAUGAAGACAUACAGACAAUUCCUCAACGGACACAUGAAAACCAUCUUCUUUCAAGAUUGGAUGCAGCAAUCAACCCACUAGAAAACGUUAGUAAUGUGGAAUAUGGGCUUAAACUAUUUAGGAAAGCAUUAAGCAUUGUUACCACAGAAGAAAAUUAAACUUUUUUUCAGCUUAAAUUGAGAGAUUAUCAUUAUUUACAGAUUGUUCAGUUUAAUGUCUCUUACUUUUCUUUCUUUGCUAGUAUAAUGAGGUCACAACAUUGCAACCUCGUAUCUUCAUAUGAUAACAAAAUCUUGCUAUGACUUUGCUAAUAAAACAUUGUAAACAGCAUGUAGAAUUACAUAAUGUCUUUAUUAAUUGGCAUACAUUUCAAAUACAGUUAUACAUUAUGUGUGCAUAGUUCUUAGACACUAAUAACUCUAUAAAAUUCUCACACUUUCUGGUUUGAGUUUUUUUUACAUUUAUAUCUUAUAAAUUGUAUAUCCUUCAGCAAUUUAUUUUGGCAACAUAUUUUCAAAAACUACUGAGGCAACAUCGUAGAUAAAUAUGCAAUAACAAGUUGUAACAAAGGGAAUUACAGAUCUUAAAUGACCUGUGGCAUAUUGUUAUAGUGUUUUAAAAUAUAUUGGACCUCAAACUC